ACACUCAAAAACCUAUUCAAUUUACAGAAUCUGAAAUAGACGAUUUGGUUGAAAAAAAAGGUUACGAAAUAGCCAAUAAGAUCAAGGAUGAAACUUUAGAUGAAUUAAACGAAGAAAUUAAUAUUAUCGAUGAACUAGAGUCUGUCUACAAGACAAAAUUAUUUCUAUUGAAGAAUUUAGAGAAACAAAUCAAACUGCGAUUCCCAAACAAAUUUGAAGAGUUUGUGAAGAAUAUGACUGGGGUUAAGACUGGAGCUAGUUUUCAACAUCGUAGAAUUUAUGAUAAAUUAAACGAACAAAAUACCAAGAAUGCCUUUACUCAAGAAGAAAUUGAAAAGUUCCUCGAUAUGAAGAAUUAUGAG